UUCAAUUUUAUUCCUAGUGUGCUUCUUCCCAAAAAAAAGUUCAUCUAUCAUUACAAGAACAUGCGCUGGGCAAGAGGCAGACAUGAAACAUACCUCUGCUUUGUGGUGAAAAGGAGAGUGGGCCCAGAAUCUCUGUCCUUUGACUUCGGACAUCUCCGCAAUCGUAAUGGCUGCCAUGUGGAGCUGUUGUUCCUGCGCCACCUGAGUGCAUUGUGCCCUGGUUUAUGGGGAUAUGGAGCAACCGGACAGGGAAGGGUCAGCUACUCCAUCACCUGGUUUUGCUCUUGGUCUCCUUGUGCUAACUGCUCUUUCAGACUAGCACAGUUUCUCAGCCAGACCCCCAACCUGCGCCUCAGGAUUUUCGUCUCCCGUCUGUAUUUCUGUGACUUGGAGGACAGCCGUGAAAGAGAAGGUUUAAGGAUGCUGAAAAAAGUUGGCGUGCACAUCACAGUCAUGAGUUACAAAGAUUACUUCUAUUGCUGGCAGACCUUUGUGGCUCGGAAACAAAGCAAAUUCAAACCCUGGGAUGGGCUGCACCAAAACUCUGUUCGGCUUUCAAGAAAACUCAACCGCAUCCUACAGCCAUGUGAGACAGAAGAUUUCAGAGAUGCAUUCAAGCUUCUUGGACUGUGAAAUAUACCUCUAGAAGUGGGAAGGACAUGUUUGUUGCUUUAUCACUACAACCGCCAUACUGAGAACAAAAACUGAGAAAAAACAAAAGCUUUAAAGUUGUUUGCAAGGCUUACAAUGUUCUGCAGCUGCUGUUUGUGUAAAAACUUGAUAAUGUGAAAUAAAAAAACUGCUUGCAAUCAAAUCCUGUUUUGAGCUUUUAAUUUUACUGCAAGCUACCAUACCUAUAAUUAAACUUAGUAAAAGCUUGUAUGCUUUUAACUCUGGGGUACUAAUUUUACUCUAAACUGAUCAAAAUAUUCAUUUGUAAUGAAUGAUAUUAACAGAAAUUAGUGUCCAAUGCAAACAAUCUGUGGGGGAAAAAAUAUUUUAGCUCAAAAGAUAAACUGGUUCCAGUUAAUCAUCAAAAACCCUAAAUAAGUCGCUUCCAUUAGCAUAAAGUACAGUUGAAGUUUAUUUUUACAAUGGAUACUUGAGUAAGAGUAUUACAGUACCUGUAGUACAAUUAAGUAGACUACAUUUUUGCUUGGGGCUACAUGUCAAACAAAUGACGCCUGGGAGAUUUUAAACUCCACCACCGCCCUUUUGUAGCAAAAAGUCAGUCAAAAGAGGCAAAAAAAA